UUGUAAAGCUUUAUAUAUUGUGAAAGACUAAUAGUAUAUAUAUACCCAAAUAGAAAGGUGUAUCUUCAAUGAACACCGAGACAAGAUGAAUUUCUCAGUUUGUCUUCUUGGAGCUCUCUUCGUGGGUGCAGUUGCCUAUCCAGUUAGCAAAGACAAUUCUUUGGAAGAACUAGGGGAUGUAAUGCAGAAUGAAAAACUGGAAACAUGGGAAAAAUUUCUGAAAAAUGGGGGCAGAGUUUACAUUAUCAAAAAAGGAAUGAACAACAAAGAGGGAUACAAUGUAAACAAAGUCACAACAACGACCCAAGAACACUCAAUUUCUGGACAAGGGGGAGAAGAAGACGAUACGGUGGAAUAUCCAGAUCUCACAGACGAGACGGCGAGAAACACACGUCGUCGUCCAUAUCUUAGAGGACCGUCUCACGACGAGAAUUCUGAAAAACGCAUGCUACAGAAAGAACGUUACCCGGGAAAAAGGGAACGUAAGGCGCAGGACAAAUCUAAAACUGAUAAUAAUGGAUUCCGCUCGUUCGAUAUCCUAAAUGGAGAGAAAAGAAACUUCAGCGGUGGUUUUGGAGGUGUAGAUAACUCUUUACUGAGAGGACAGAAAAGAAACUUCGGAGGUGGUUUAGGAGGCGGACUGAUUCGGGUGUUUUUGGUAUCCAUAAAAGGAGAAACGAUUCCUAAGAUUUAGACGGAAAAGAUAAAAAAGAUUCUUCAGAUUGGGAAGUUAAUCUCCUAAUGCCUGAUUUCGUGUAGGAGGGAUGGGAUAUAUUCAUGAUUUCCUGAUUAAAAAGGGAGUAGGACAUUUCCCAAGAAAUUCUGUUUUCAUGAAUUCACUUAGAAAUAUAAUCAUUUACAUAAUAACUGAUGUUUCGGACAACAAAAGUCAAACUUGUGAUCGUAAUUCAUGGCAAAAAGCUCCAUCUUUCAAUUGUAACUUACCGUAUUGAAUAAAUCAAUAUGCAUAUG